AUGGGGGACGGCGAGGCGGCGGCAGAGACAGAAGGGAAGAUGGAAGCGCCCACCGAGGCUAGGGGCAGCAACUCGCCGGAGGUGAAGGAGAAGAGGAGGUACGGUCGCUGCGUGCGGGUGAUGUGGAAGGAGAAGCUGAGGCUGAUGAAGGGGACGGCGCCGAUGACGGUGCUGGAGAAGAAACUCCUCUCCGCGGACGUCAGCAAGAGCCAUGCCACACUACUCCUCCGCAGGAACAAUGACGACGGGGAGGAGGAGAGGAGCCCCAUGGAGCUGCUACAGUUCAUGACGGAGGCAGAGAAGACGUCGGCGGCUGCCAAGAACGGAGGGAUGCCGGUGGUUCUGCUCGACAGGAAGGGGGACGAGUAUCCCGAGGCCAAGAUUACGUACUUGCAGAGCAUGGGAGCAUACGCCGUCGCUGGUGAGUGGCUGAACGUCGUCUCUAACAACCAGCUCCGCUGCGGGGACGUCGUCGACAUCUACACCUUCCGGGUUCCGCCGCAGGCGGCGGCACCCUCAUCCUCUUCGUCUCCGCCCCCAGCUUCUUCAGAGGAAGGCAACGGCGGCGGCGGCACACAUAGCGAGUGGAGGCUGGGCCUCGCCGUCUGUGCUCGGGUACCCGCCGACGAGAUUGUGAGCAGGCGGCUCGCCAGCUCCUGUGACAGCCAAUGCGCGUUUGACAGGUCCAGCGUAAGCAGUGAGGAGUCCUAUUGCUAG